CUACGCUAGGUCUAAUCCAGGACCCAGAGCAUGGAGCGAGUGAUCCUAUUGGCCGUCCUGUCACUGGGCCUGAGCUCUGAGCAAAUGACAGACAAUAAGCGUUUGUUUACAAUCGCCGUCAGCCGCGUCCAGCACCUGCACAUCCUCGCACAGAGAUACUUUGCAAACUUUGAGAGUUCUUUGGGUCCUGACGAGAAGCGGCUGCUCAUUAAGAUGCAGGAUUUUUGUUACUCUGAUUACAUCAUCAGCCCCAACGACAAACAUGAGACACAACGCAGCUCUGUUCUGGAGCUGUUGUUAGUCUCGUAUCGUCUGGUGGAGUCGUGGGAGGUCCCGUCUCAGUCACAUGCCAUUUUGUCCAGAGACCAAAUCUCGGCCAAACUGUCCGAGCUCAAGACCGGGCUCCAGCUGCUCAUCCGGCUCAAUCAGGACCCGGAGUUCAUGGAGGGGGGCAUGGCCUUUUAUCAGGAUUAUCGGGAUUAUGAGCAAAGACCGUCCCUGGACCAAAGACCGACCCCGGACCAGAUCCUGAAGAGGAACUACGAACUGCUGGCCUGUUUCAGAAAGGACAUGCACAAGGUGGAGACUUACCUGACCGUCGCCAUGUGUCGCCUCUCGCCUGAGGCCAACUGCACGCUGUAGCCCCGCCUCCUGGAGUCAAACCCCGCCCCUGACCCCACCUCCUGCAG